GCUUUCACUUCUGUAUGGACAUGCUGCGUUGUUUCAUCGAACAUUCAGGUGCAACGUAUGACGUAGCUGCGGUCUGCGGCCCCUCGAUUAUAAGUUGCCAUGGUAGCGCCCCAAGUUUAUUUCAGUUCAUCCGAUCUAUCGUCGUCAGGAACAUGAAGGGCUCAACCCCAUACAACAGGAACUUGCACAAGAAACAUACGUGGGCGAGCUUAGGUCGUUGCGUGACAUCACGGCCUGACCUGUGUCCUCACCAAAGCAGCAUCAGAGACAAACUCGACUUCAACCUGGACGCAGUUUACUGCCAUAGUCUCGAACUAUUUCCUCUCUCUUCUGACAUCGUGCGUCAGAAAGAGACGUUCCGUAUCAAACCCUGGAGAUGUCUCCAGGAACUGAGAAAAAAUAGUCCGGAUACUUGCACCUCAAAACUUGAACCUAUGAUUCAAGACGUUCGGAAGGAGAGAAUCGACAAGAUGCAAGUUUAUAUUCCGCCUGCCCACUCGGAAAAAACCAAUGCUGGAUAUUCCAGAAAUAUUGACGGCACCUUCUUCAAAUACUAACUUAGAUUUUCUCAAGAUCAGAGAUGAAAAGUGAAAUUUCGCAAAAUUUAAAAUUUGUUAAUUUCUUUCGGAAUUAUUCAUUAAACCUUCGGAAGUCCGGAAAGCGAUUUAAAUGGUGGCUCCUGUUGAUGCGGCAGUACUAUGCUACCCUCACUUUGUCAAACUAAGGAAGAACGUCGUAUGAACAUUCGAGAGUUGGCAAAUUUCCUUCGAUAAAAUUCCCAUUUUUGAGGAAAGUUGUGAAUAUUUUUCCUUGAAAUUUUUAGAAACUUUAGGUGAAAUUGCAAAUAACAUUAUUUGAAAACUUGGAAAGAAAAUAUACAUAGGUUCACCAGAAAUUUCGCGUUUUAUAGAGGGAAAUUUUGCAACGCCGUAUUUGUUUCCUUAGUACGGCAGAAUAUCUGAAGAAUUCUAAAUAAAAGCGCAAGACUGGAAAUAUGCAAAAACAUAAACAUUUAUCUUAUGAACAUUUCUCAUGAUACCUUAACACUCUCAAUGCCUGUUACAACGUUCAGUUUCAAGAAAUUUUGCACCCUUAAUUGUAAGCAAUGCCUUAAAUUAAAACUCAGUUUCUCUGUUUAA